AGCGGCGUCUGGGCCCGAGGUCCGUGGCCGCCGGGGGGCCGCCUCGGCGAGGGCAGGGCUCCGCGCGGUGCGGGGCCGCCGCGGCCGCGGCCUCGGGGGCUGUCCGAGACCCGGCUGCUCAUGGCCGCGCACUGCCCGCACUGCGGCCGGACCUUCCACCCCACGAGGGGCCUCUUCGGGCAGGCGGCAGAGACGUUGCGGGACGCCCACGCGGCGGGCUGCGAGCAGAACGCGGCGAACAGGUGCUUCUGCGGGAGGGUGUUCCCGAGCUCCGUCGCGCGAGACAACCACGCCGCCCUCUGCGAGGCCAACCCAGCCAACAGGUACCAGUGCCGCCACUGCUCCAGGGAGUUCCUCAACUCCUUCAGCGUGCUCGGCUACAGGUCCGCCGACGGCCGCGCACUCCGGGAUGCCCACGAGGUCGGCUGCAAGAGCAACCCGGCGAACAUAUGCUUCUGCGGGGAGGUCUUCUGCAGUCCCGACGCCAGGAGAACGCGCACGCCGCCACCUGCGAGAGGAACCCCGCCAACAGCUACGAGUGCGCCUUCUGCAGCGUCGCCUUUGUGACGCACUUCACGGUGUUCGGGUUCCGCAGCGUGGACGGCAAGGCGCUGCGGGACGCCCACCAGCUCUGCUGCGAGCGGAACCCCAGGAACGUCUGCUUCUGCGGGCGCCUGUUCUCGGGCUCCGCGGCCCGAGACAGGCACGCGUCGAUCUGCGAGCUCAACCCCGCGAACAGGUUCGAGUGCCGCCACUGCCGGAGCAUGUUCGUCACCCGCUACGGGAUCAUGGGCAUGGUGAGCGCGAGUGGUCAGUCGGUGCGGGCCGCACAUGAGGUGAGCUGCGAGAAGAAUCCGGCGAAUCGCUGUUUCUGCGGGCAGGUUUUCCCGAGCCCGGACAGGCGCGACGCCCACGCGGCCGUGUGCGAGUUUAAUCCCGUGAACCGCUUCACCUGCCAGCACUGCGAUACUGUGUGUGUGACGACACACGGCUUGUUCAUGAAGUGCGGGAGCGAGAAGCUGUCGGCGCACCUGCAGGUCUGUCCGAAGAAUCCGGCAAACUGCGCCUGCGAGUACUGCGGCGCCACCUUCUCCAACUCCCAGGGCAUGCGGGGCGGCUGGUUCUGUGGCGACGCCAAGUCGCGCUGCGGCGCGCACGUCGCCGUGUGCAGACAGAACCCGCGGAACAAGUUCAGCUGCCGGAAGUGCGACCGCUGCUUCCAGAGCCGCCGGCGCUGGCUCCGCCGCGUGGACGGUCGCCUCGCCCGCGACGCGCACGAGUCGGAGUGCGACCUCAUCUCCUGCCCCUUCGAGGUCGCCGACGCGGGGUGCCAGGGCUGGGUGCUCCUGGCGGCUAGCCAGGCGCCAGAGGCCGCCGUGGAGGGGGCUGCGCUGGAGCCGGGCCAGGACUGGGAGGACUGCGGCCUCCUGGCCGCCGCGGGCGGCCUGGGGGGCCGGGGCCUGCCGGGCAGGGCGGCCUCCAUGGGGUGCAGCUCCAGCACGACCGUCUCAGGCGACUGGCCCGUGGAGGACGAGGCCCUCGAGCCCGACACGCCUGGCGGCUCGGGCCGCCAGGGCGCCGCUCGGGCGCCGGCGGCGGCCGCGCCGCGGCCGGAGGGCCCCGCCCCGCAGCAGCAGGGCGCGCGGGCGCGGGGGCCGCCGCCCAGCGGGCACGCCGGGGGCGCCGAGGGCCCCCCCCUCGAGCCACCGAGAGAGGGCGGGGGCGCCGCGGCGCCCGGCGGGUUCUUCGACGCCGUCUCGGAGGCGGAGUCCUGGGGCGACGCCUGCGAGGAGGAGGAGGCGCAGGAGGAUUCGGCGGACGAGCCUGCGGACGAGGGAGACGAGAGCGAGACCGAGGGUGCCCUGGGGAGCAGGGGCAGCCAGGGGGCCGAGGGCACAGUGCCGCUGGCGGAGGAGGGAGGCGUGGCGCCGGCCUCGGACGAUGAUGCCGAGGCGUUGGCCGAGAAGCAGGAGAGGGACGCGGAGGAGGAAGAGGAGGGAGAGGAGGAUCCGAGGAGGAAAAGAGACUGCGUCCGCUCCAGACCUCUGCGAAGCAGCAGAGGCUCUCCUGUGAUCCGUGGAACUGCUUCGGCUCCCCCCUUGCACUGAGCGCCAGGAGAGCUGCCGAGCACUUUUCCAGGUAACUAUGACUCCGGGCUGGACGCGUGAAUUCGAUGAUGUCUGGCGUGCAUCCCACCAGCGGGGCCAGGAUCACCGACUACAGCGCUGGUUCGCUGGCGGACGGUUUCUCGUCACAAGGCGCCCGUCUUCCGAGCGCCCUCCGAACACCGUGCGUGGCGCGCAGGCUGCUCCCAAUAGAAGGAAAGCCCUGGCUACCCGCAUGACGUUAUCUAAGGUCCUCUGCGUGCCGACGCGACCGCGACCCCAGCGCGGGCUGCCGGCGCUUCUCCGUCCCGGUCCUCGGUCAUCGACCCGUGAGAUUCGAGGAUCCAGGUCGUUGGACGUCUUGCAACUUUUCGAACCUCGUGAGGCCUCUGGGGGCCUCGAGGGGCUUUAGGCUUUCGAGGCACCUGUGCAUUUGCGGGGAUCCGUCGACAUCUCAUCCUCCUCCUCAUUCUCCUCCUUCCGAGCCGGCUUAGUCCGCAGUGAAUCGCUGCUGCGUUGCAGCCCGCGUUCAUUUCAUUCCUUAGGGCCGAUCCCGGCGAGUCUUGCCGCUGCUGUACUGUAUUGCCCAGGGCUCCCUUCUUAGCCCGUUCGGCGUCAGAGUCCAUUCGGCAGCCGAGUGUGCAUCUGAAAGGGAUCGAUCCUAUAAAGUCCCAGGGACUUCGGCCCACUUGGCCGCGCAAAGGGCCAGAUCCUGGGUCCACUUGGCGGCCAGUGCGCCAAGACACCGCAGCCCGAGAGCUGAUGCCGUAAAUGAACUCGCA